GCCUGCAGGAGGUUAAUACGACGCUGAUGUGUGGCAUCCGUUUUAUUCGAGCAUGCAGCCAUUGUUGUAGUGUGUGUGUGUAACCUAUUUGGCAGACUGCUCUGUAUGUGUGGGUGUGUGUGUUCUCAAUAUGCUUUUGCUAUGACACAGAGGACAGCUCGGCCUCUGAAGAGCUCUUAAUAUGGCACAUUUGGGAAUCACACUCAACAGCUGACUGUGACUGGCAGGAGACUGUGGAACCGAACUCUGAGCCUUGUGAACGUGAAAGGAUACUUUGGACGAAAAAGUAUUUCUCCAAAAAACUUCACACUGAGAGCCGUGAUUAAGGGGAAACCCAUGGAGUUUGAUCUGAAAGGCACUUCUGGUUCGAAAAUGGAUUCUUUCGUGUGUUUGAGGGUGUCUGUAUAGGAUUUACAGUGGAUGUCAGAAGAUACAGUCACAGACGUUACAGAUUUGAGGCUAUAACCAUUCUAGUGCAAUUAACCCUCUUGCGCAAUAAUGACACUUAUUCAUAUUUUUAUCGUGUGGAUUUUUACAAAGUCUUCGAUCAUCUGGUGUUUUCAAAUUGGAAAUCUUGCUGUACGUUUGGUCCAAAAAAUAGAUUCGUAGUGGUAUGGAAAUUUGAUGCCUCCUGUGAACCCAUUCAAGAUGUUUGUUGUUCUUAAAGAUGUGCUGGAAACAGAUUGUUUAUCAUGCUUAAUGAUGUGAGCAUGUCUCCAGCCUUGCUCUAAAAACACCGAGAGAUUAUGACCCGCUGUCUGGAUUGCUUCGUCUGCAGGAGGAGAGUACAGGAUGAGAGCAGUUUCCUGGGCAGUGCUAGCUUCUCCGUAGCUGACCUCCUCCAAUCAAAGGAUCAGCAGCUCUCUCUCAGCCUGAGGACGGCAGAUGAUUCGGCAGCUGUGGGGACUGUGGUGGUGUCUCGCCUGAAGAUGGGAGAGAUUGAGGAUGGCGGCGUGGACCACAUUGCCACUGACACGCACCAGAAGUGCACUCUGGUGUGUGAGCCUCACGGGACCACAAAUGACAAAGAUAACGGGCAAUUGAUGAAUGCAGUGUUUAAGAACCCGGUGUGUAAAGUGUACAGGUUUCAGACCACGGACAACAAGUGGAUGCUGGUGAGGGAGCAGAUGGCUGAGUGCACUUUGUCCUUCAGCAUCCCCAUCCAACUCCUCAGGCUCUAUAUUCAGGAGGACAAACACGGAAUCCAGGAGCUGAACAACCUGGGUGAGCUCUCACCACACUGGGACAACCUGAGGAAAGAUGUUAUCACUCGCUACAGCCAUCUGAUCAAAACCUACCAGGAAACACUUGCUGAGCUGGAGAAGUUCACCGGUCCUUCAUUCAAGCCGAGCUGCAGCAAGGCGCAGAAAUACCUGGAGUUCAUUCCCAUUAAUCUGCACACACAGCGAAUGAGGGUGACGUGUCCUAGGAAAACAGAAGCCUUCUACGAUGUGAUCACAGUUGGAGCUCCAGCCGCUCACUACCAGGGCUUCAAGAACGGAGGCCUUCAGAAGCUGUUCAGCCGAUAUGAAGCAGAGAAGAAAAGCUACAGCACGGCGUUUCAGUGCAUCUACUACUCUCCAGAGCACACAGCCAAGGCCAGAGAGAUCCUGAGCAUGGUGGCCCAGCUGCAGCCUGUCAUCUGUGGCCUGGCUGAACACCUGCUUGUCCAGGCCCAGCAGCGCUGCAGCCAAAGCCUCCGGGAAGCUCUCAAGUGUCUGGAGGAAAAGACGGAGCAGUUUGUGCACUCCCUGAAGGACGAGUUGGUGAAGAAUGCUCUCUUUGCGCUACACGCAGCACGGCCCGACUACAUGAACCAAAGCCAGGUUUCUACCCAGCCCAAAACACACUUGACCCAAAACGUGGGCCCGGACACGACCCCGAAUCAAAACCAGAGCCGCGAGCCGAGCGUCGUCGUCUGCAACAACGUGUCUGGCUCUCAGACGCCACCUAAAAAUGAAGCUCGCCAGCCUCUUAAACACCAAGACCUUCCCCACCACAAGGAGUACGAUGAAGAGGAAUGGGACAGGGUGUGGGCAAACGUGGCCAAGGAAUUGAACAGUGUCAUUGCCAUGGUGGAUAAGCUACAGGAGCAGGACAACAACAACCAGGAGUCUGCUCCUGACCAGGCGCUGGCUGACGUCAUUACCUCCCACAAUCCUGCUGCCGACUGGAGGGAGCAGCUCAGCCCCUUGGUGGUGGCGCUGAAGGACUGUGUAAGCGAUGUGGCAGACAGAGCGAGCAAGUCAAUGAGCUUUGUUCUUCUCCAGGAGGCGGCGUGCAGCACCCCAUCAGGUCUGCAGCUCCAACAGAGACGUGACACUGUAUUUAGCCAAGCGCUAGCUGCACUAGCAUGUGGUUUUCUCAUGCGGUUGUAUGCUGGGAUAGAGGAUAAGGGCUUUAUCACACAACUGCACACAGUUGGAGUGGUGGCCCAGUUCGAGAGCCUACUCAGUACAUAUAGUGAGGAGAUCGGCAUGCUGGAGGAUAUGGAGGUUGGGAUUUCUGAUCUACAGGGAGUCACUUUCAAAAUCACAGAAGCUGCUUCCGAUGACCCCAGCAAUCUGCAGCCAACUGUCACUGGCAGACGAGACCAUUACACUGUAGAGGUGCCGCUUCCACUCCAAGCCUUCCAGACAUUACCAGAUGAAGUGCGUCAGGGCAAGCUGUUGCAGGUCUUCCCUGUGCUCUUCAACGUGGGCAUCAAUGAACAGCAGACAAUCGCUGAGAGGUUUGGGGAUAUUUCCUUACAGGAAAGGAUAAAUCAGAGAAAUUUUGACAUUUUAGAGACCUAUUAUAAGUCACUCGUUGACAGGACUCCAUUAGAAUGUCUGCCUUCUUUUCAGAUGCAGCCAGAUAUUAAGGAGUUGCUUGAAACACUUGGCCAGAAUGUAGUAACCAAGAAGAGGAAGAAUGUAGAAAUUCUUUGGCUUGCAGGAGCGAUUUGUCGGCGGCUUAACGGGAUCCGCUUCACCAGCUGUAAGAGUGCCAAAGACAGGACGUCCAUGUCGGUGACGCUGGAACAGUGUGCCCUGCUGAGGGACGAGCACCAGCUCCAUAAGGACUAUUUUGUCCGGGCGCUGGACUGCAUGCGCAGCAGUCGGCUGGCCCAGGGCGAAGGUGCCCAAUGGGACGACCCUGAGGCAGGCUCCGUAGCCAAUCACAAGCCGGCACCACGCCAAUUCUACCCAAUCGCUCUUCUGCUCGUUAGCUCUCACCUGCUGGUAGUGUGGCUCAUUUUAAGUCUUGUUUUCCUGCUUGCAAAAUAUCAAUAAACUGCUGAUUAUACCAUAAAGACCCUCGUGCUGUCUAACUUUGUUCUUCGCUUGCUCUGGGUGUGAAACGCACCCUCUCUUUUUUGCCAUGCCUCAGGGGUGUUUACUUGUUUACUCAUUUCUCAUUUCCCUGCGCUGUAAUCCUCUUUAACAGCUUUCUCUGGGGUUUGCUUGUUUUGUUUCUCACUUCACAGCAGUCGCACAUUAGAAAGGAAGUCAUUAUGGCAUGUAAUAAGGCAGCAGGUUUUUAAGCUCAAACUAUUAUUACAUCUAGUCCAGCCAUUCGACACUAAAGCAACGUGCAGCCGCGAGCUCAAUGUCGGUCUUAUUUCUUAUGAGGCCAUUGCAUCAUUCGCUCAGACUGCCAAGAGUUGCAAGACGAUCCCCUUAACUCUGGCCUCUGACUUAGUACAUCAUUUCAUGCUCUGACUUGAGCAGUCAGGCAAGUUGUGUUUUAGAUAUUUUGAUUGGUUUUGUUUAAUGGAAUUGUAAUUGUCAGUGUUUGUUCUGGAUUUGGUGUUCACACAGUUAAAUGUUGAGCACAGGUUCAAACUUGCAAUUGUUUCAUUUUAGCCUUUAUUCAGCUCUAAAUACCAGACCAGCAAUAUGUGAGGAAUGAAGCAUGCAGCAUUAAUUCAUUUCCAAUGACAGCACACCAAGUGUUUUAUUUUUCUCAUGCUACAGCAAUUUGCCAACAAUGUCUUUUUUCUCUAUUUAUCCAAAAUGAAUUAGCGAAAAUUGACCACAACCCUACCAAAGAUUAUCAAGUGCUCACUGAAGACGAAUACCUGAAUAAUGAUAUAUGACAUGAUUUUUAACCAUUAAGAGUUGCGUUCAAUGUUGCUGAACAGCCACAAGACAAGUUAGUCUCAUCACUUACACCAAAGCAGUUUAUAGUACAGUUUGGGAUGCGACUGAGAAACUGAAACUCCUGUUCUGAAGCCUUUCCCAUGGCAGCACCGACACUGGAGACUCCUUCUAUAAUAAUCAUCUCCUUACCAUAUCAAUAACCAUCUGUUUAGUUUUACACUUGUGUAAUGUGGAUCGUGCUUCAUAUAUCUUCUUAUGAAUGAGAUUUUACUGUAGAAAAUGUAUGUAACCUGUAAUAUAGACUUUGAAUAAAAAAACUUAAGAUGCAAUAAUAUGUGCAGCUCAAUAAUGGGCAUCAUCAGCAUUACUCUCAUCCUCUCAUAACUCCAUUAUCAUCUCUCCUUCUCUC